UAUGAAUCCGAUUUGUCUCUAUUUUCCUCUUAUCUUUUUUGUCUAUCUUCUAUUUGUCUUCUUUGUUAUAUUUAAUUUUAUAUACAUAACGUUAUUCAAAUAUUUCAAAAUGGCGUAAAUCAAAUAUGUACAUUGCAACGUAACUUGUAACAUAAUGUAAUUUCCUUAGGGAAAAAGAAAAAGAAAAAAAAAAAAAAAGAAAAAGAAAAAAUUACACUUUCCCGAUACUUCAGUGACAAUUUUAAAAUACAAAAUUGUAUUACGAUUUUUUGAUCAAAAAUGUGUACAAACUGUGUUUGUACAAGAUGUUAUCAUCCAACAAAAGAGUUCAUUGAUACAGAGUCUCCCUACAGCGAAGUCUCGCAAGAAAUUGGUGAUACUCGUUUAUCCAUUAAAGUAUCUAAGCGUACCGAUGAAUCUUCUAAAAUUAAUAGCAAUUGUGCGGAUGCAUACGGAAAAAAAUGUCGAGAAGGUUGCACCAGAAUGAACAUUAUACCUAAUGAAGAACCACCUCCAAAGGCUCCAGACGAAAAAAUGUUUUUAUUAAAAUCGAUAAGACAAAUAACUCCUAAUGAUGAUUUGAAAAAGAGCUUUGAACUUGAAUUUAAAUUACCACGAAAUUAUUUACCUUUACCUCCGGUUCCACAAUCUCCGAUUAUAAAAAUUCGAAAGACCGGUGAAACUGGCAAAAAGAAAGGCAAAAAGAAAGGUAAAGGUAAGAAGAAAAAGAAAAAAUAACGAUACUUGAAAUUCUAUGAACAUGUGUAAAAUAUCAAAAUAUAAAACUGUGCAACUGUAACGAUAAAAUAAAAAUAGAAAAUGUA